AAGCAGGUCGGCGAUCUGCAGACAAUAAGGAUGUCAGAGGAGACAGCAGGCAGGAAUAUGUAGUCACAGCUAUUUGUAUCUGCUUUGUGUAAAGAAAACAAAAUGACGGAAAUCAGACGACAACCACCAAUGGAGGGGGCGAUAAUAAAGCGACCAAUGCAAGGGGCUGUGAUUCAACGUCAGCCCAUGCAAGGGGCCGUAAUCCAGCGCCAGCCUAUUCAAGGAGCUAUAAUAAAACAGAGGAAAUGGAUGGAGAACCCCGGUCCUAUCGAGGGCGUACCCCCGGGGCUGGAGCUUCUUGUAGAGUUAGAUCAAAUCAACGUCAAACAACUCAUGGAGUUUUCUGAAAUGAGUGGUUGCGGUGAAGGGCGGAAUCAGUAUGAUAUCAUCAACAAACUGGGGGAACAGUUGUAUAAGAUAAAAGAAAAUUCCGAGGAAUUUGAGAGGAUAUGUUAUGGACAAUGCAGAGGUUUCAUAUAUCCCAUCCGCGACAUCAGUGGACAGGAAGUGAUCCGAAUGAGUCAUGAAACGUGUCAGGGAUGUGAAUGGCCAUACUGUAAAUCAGGCCCCGACUGGGGGUUUGAACUUGUGAUUGAGGCGCCACCUGGUAAUCUUGUGGGCUUUGCAAGAGAAUGGCAUGACGGUCCCGGAUUCAGAACAGCAAUUCUGGAUGCUAAAAGAGAAGUUCUGUACAGAAUGACCGGUGAGGACUGUACUUGUAUAGGUCCAUGUUGUCCCAGAGAUCUGGAAUAUCCUAUAACGGACAUGGAUGGAAAUAACAUUGCUAACGUCUAUAAAAGGUGGGCAGGAACGUAUCAAGAAUCGUUCUCAGAUGCAGACAAUUUUGGAUUAACAUUUCCCAAAGACAUGAUCAUUACACACAAGAUUCUUCUCCUUGGUGCCAUAUUCCUGGUGGACAAAUUAAAGCAUGAGCACGAUGGAAAAGGCGGAGGAGGCGGGGGAUGAUGGAUACAGAGUGAGAGUGUCCUACAUAUCCCUCUCUAGAGAAAAACUUUAUCAUCUGAAUCUCGUCUUUUGUAUAAUAUGUUUUAAUUGUUGAUGUUUGUUAAUUUUUUGUCUGUGUUAUUUUUUUCUGAUUCUCCUAAAUGAUAUUGGAGUAAUCCCCCUUGGGGAUGUGAAAUUGGUUUAGGCUGCAAGCAUGUGUGAACAAUAAUAUUCUUGAAUAAUGAUAUGGAAUUAAAUCACAUGGAACUCUUUCUAUAUUGAGAUGUAUGUAAUGGUCAUAGGUUAAAAAAAUCCAGAACAUAUAUAAAAUGUAUUUCUAUAAACUGAACAACUGAAUAAGGUUGAACCCAUUUAAAGAAAAUUAUUAUCCAUUUACAGUGCCUAAUGCAGUAAAAGUAUAGAUUGAAACUAUUGAUAUCAAGUUCGUAAAUUUUAUGCCCUUAAAUCCAUACGUGGAAAUUUGUUAUAUUAAGUCAAUUUUAAUCAGGGGGACAUGAUAUUGUGUAUAAGAUAUUUAUCAUUUUAUGAAUUAAUCUGCAAAACUAGUU